GAGGGUUUUGUUUUUUACCUUUGGAGCCAGGUUCUUCAUUUGGUUGACAGCUCUCUACUCAGCAGACCUCCAGAGCCCGGAGCCGAGGCAGCUCAUCGGGGUUACACAGCUCAGUGUGUGCAGCAGUACGAUGGGCAAGAAGGACAGCGAGUAUGGGUCUUGGAGAGAUGGUGACGAGCCGAAGUUAGACUAUGAAGGAAAGACAGGAAGCUUCAACAAGCUCUCGCCCCGCAGCUCCCUGGAAACUGGCAACUCGCCUGAGGAAAACUCCGGGCUCCAACCUGCUUUUCCUGCUGAUAACAUUGAUGAUGGUGGAGUAAAGACCACUCAGAAGGGAAAAAGCCGCGAGAGCGAUGAGGAGGGACACCUCGACUAUCACAUCGGCCUCGUGAUGAAAGAGAGAUAUGAGGUGGUUUCUACGCUGGGAGGAGGUGCCUUUGCUAAAGUGGUGGAGUGUAUUGACAGAGAAACAGAGGAGCGUGUGGCCGUGAAGAUUGUGAGGAACAUGGAGUUAUUCCGUGAAGUAGGGAAGUCUGAGGUCUCAGUGCUAGAGGAGAUCAACGGCCUGGAUGACGACAACACAUUCGCCUGUGUGAGGAUGCGGGACUGGUUCGAGCACGAAGGUCACGUCUGCAUCGUAUUCGAGCUGCUCGGACUCAGCAUCUUCGAGUUCCUCCGGCAGAACCACUUCCUGCCGUUCAGCGUGGAGCAGAUCAGAGGCAUGGCCUUCCAGAUCUUCAGGGCCGUCUGUUUCCUGCAUCGGAACAAGCUGACGCACACAGACCUGAAGCCAGAGAACAUCCUGUUUGUUUGCUCCGACUACGACCUGCAGUACAACGAGAGCAGGGAGUGUACCGAGAGGAAACUAAGGAGUCUGGAUUUGAAGGUGGUGGAUUUUGGCACGGCCACAUUUGACCACCAAAAACAUGAAUCUCUGGUGUCAACACGCCACUACCGAGCUCCAGAGGUCAUCCUGGAUUUGGGCUGGAACCAGUCGUGUGACGUUUGGAGUCUUGGUUGCGUUCUCAUGGAGUUUUACCUGGGAAGCACAAUUUUCCCGACCCACGACAGUAAAGAACAUCUGGCCAUGAUGGAGAAAAUCUUGGGGCCGAUUCCUUCCCACCUGCUGGAAAAAACCAGAAAGCAGCAUUACGUGCACAACGGGAGUCUGCACUGGGACAAGAGCAGCUCCUCCGGCGAUUACAUCAAGAAACACCUCCAACCUCUCAAGAACUACAUGCAUGAUGAGAGCGAGGAGGAUUUCUUCGACCUGCUGGGCUCCAUGCUGGAGUACGACGUGUACAGACGGAUCACGCUGGAGGAGGCGCUGUGGCAUCCGUUCUUCAACCCGCUGAGGAUGCAGAAGCAGCCCAGCUAACACACACACACACACACACACACACACACACACACACACAUACACACACACACACACACACACACACACACACACACACACACACACACACACACACACAGAUAGAUCUCAUAGAUCUCACACCUGUUUGUAGUUGAGUUGAAGUUUGAUUUACAGU